CUCAUCAUUCCUUUCAUUGCUACUUCUUCUAUUUAAACACCCUCCCUUUCUUUCCUCCUCCAUCCACAUACCAACACGAUCCCUCCCUCCUCUGCCUCAGCAAUAUAAUAAUCAUGGAAGCUGCUCUCAAGCACAGGCUCUUCGCCAUUGUCGUGAUCGCUGUUGUCGUGGCCUCCUCGUUCGUCGAGAAGGCUGCCGCUGCGGAAGCUCCUGCACCUGGUCCUGCCUCCGGCGCUGGUCCCAUGGACUAUGUCUCUGUGCCCGCUGUUGCGCUGGCCGCCUUCUUCGCCCUCCGCUUUGGUUACUUCGUCUUCUAACAAGUAAUUAAUCUCCUCUGCCACGUCGCGCGCAUGCAUCUGCAUGGUCACCGCAUGCGUUCGUUCGUUGACGAAAGAGAGAUGAGCGUCAUUGUAAGCAUAAGAUUGUUAUGUAUUAAUCUGGUCUCGGUGAUUUGAUUUGUAAGAAUAUUGUUUACUGUAAUCUAGAAAGUUUUAAAAUAUAAUAAUUGUCUUCCAUAUU